AUGGAUUCAUUAAAACCGCAAACAUGUACUGAUGCAUUACCACCAGUUUACCUUAUCGUUCAUGCCAUGGGAGAAACACCCCUAUCUAAACGUUCUCCUUUUUUGAUUCAAAAACUGUUUGAAUCGACCAUUGGGAAUCUGAAAAAAAUUCAAAAAUUGAGGUCAGCAGAUCUACUUGUAGAAGCAGCCUCCCCUCAACAGUCAGCAAAGCUUCUAAAAAUGAAGUCUCUAGGAGACAUAAUGGUAACCAUCACACCACACACAAAUUUGAACUCAUCACGUGGUGUGGUAUCUGAAAUCGAUCUGAUGUCUGAGGAUGAAUCGGAUAUUCAGAUCGGUCUUUCAGACCAAGGUGUCACUGCUGUUCGACGAAUUUCAAUCCGUCGAGAUGGCAAGUUGAUACCAACGAAACACCUUAUUUUGACUUUCAACAAACCAACAUUGCCAUCUUCUGUUGCGGCAGGAUAUCUUCGUUGCCCAGUUCGCCCAUACAUUCCAAACCCACUACGUUGCUUUAAAUGUCAGCGGUUUGGACACUCCCAAACAUCAUGCAGAGGAAAAAAAGCAUGUGCACAGUGUGGAAAUGAAGACCAUGAGAGUAAUGAAUGCACAAGUUCUCCAUGCUGUGUGAACUGCAAAGAUGCUCAUCCUGCCUACUCUCGGAAAUGCCCUUCAUGGCAGAGAGAGAAAGAAAUUCAGCGAUUGAAGACUAUUAAUAAUAUAUCUUACCCGGAGGCACGUCGUAUGGUCACCUUAAAUACACCAGUGAAACAAAAGACAUUCGCUGCUGCUCUGAAAUCCACAAAGACAUGUGGAGUUCAGACAGACAUUUCUGUUUCACCAGGUGAAUCUCUGACUCGCCAUGAGAAAUGUCUUCUGAUACCAUCUACCAAAGCAACAGAAAAAGAGAAUAACAAAGUAAAACCACCCAUACCUAAAACAGGGGUAACAACUAGGAAUGUGGGUUCUAAAAAAGCCAGUAAGAACUCACUUAAUAAACAAAGAAUAAAAGCAGCCCUGUCUAAAUCCAAAAAUCAGAGACUCAGUCUAUGA